AUGGUUGGCACGAAGUCAUAUCUGGGCACAGCCCUUCUCUCCCUCCUGGCAUUGAACAGCCCCGGGGUCCUUGCUCACCGCUGGUUUAACUGGCAGGAAGACAUCAGCUGCGAUGCCACGGGCUAUUUUGUCCCUGACGACGAAGCAGAUCUCGUCAGUUUUGUGAAGGAGCAAUACCCCCGCAAGACCUUUCUCAAGCCCGUCGGCAACGGGCACGGCUUUGGCAACCUCACCACCUGCAUCAACGAUGGCGAGACCUCGCGCGAGUCCUAUAUUCUCAGCCUGACCAACCUGAAGCACAUGCAGAUCCACAAGAACAACAACACGGUCACCUUUGGUGCCGGGUGGGAUCUAAUCGACUUGAUCCCCGCCCUCCGUGACGAGGGUCUUGAAGUGCACAACCUGGGCAGUGAGAUGGUGCAGAACUAUAUCGGCGCGGUGACCACCGGCACCCACGGUACAGGCAAGCAGAACCAGAACCUGGCGACGCAAAUCCUCGGCCUGCGCGUCCUCGACGCUCAGGGCAACAUCCACAGCAUGGACAAAUCAACCAGCCCGGACCUCAUCAAGGCGUUCAGCAUCGGCAUCGGCGCCCUGGGUAUUGUAGUCGAAGCAACCAUCCAGGUCGAACCCACCUCCUACCUCAAACGCACCACCCGCGUCAUCCAGGGCUCGAGUAAUAUCACCGAGCUCUACCAGCAGAUCGCCGCGAUCGGCGACCAGUACGAGCAGAUCAAUAUCCUCGGCCCCACUCUGGACUGGUCAGUCGAGCAGCAAGCCCUAGUUCUAAAGCCCAACCUCACUGUCGUCUCAUGGGAGCCGAGCAACUACAGCGCAGUGCAGAACUGCUCGCUGGACUUCUGCGCCAACGACUGCGGGCCCUGCGACCGCGACUCAGUGUGCUACGAUUACAAGAACUUCGCCGUCGCGACCCCGCCCCAGGGGAUCUGCUACCGGGGCUUCAUGGGCCAGUUCGAGCACUUCCUCCCGAUCGAGAACCUGGCCGCCGCGGGCGAGGACUACCUGCACCACGCGCAGUCGCAGGCAGCGCGGAUGAUUCCCUUCCAGAACCCCGAUAUUGCCGCGGACAAGUCGAAGGGCUACCUCAGCGACGACGUGACCGUGAUCACGCGCUUCAUCAAGGCGGACGACAACUGGCUGUCGCCGGUCAACGACUACAACCUGCCCGCGGGCUCGCAGGGCGUCUUCGCCUCGCUCGAGUACUCGUGGAUCCCCACCUACAACAACUGGACGCAGCAGUACUUCUACCAGGAGCUGGCGAGCGAGUUCAUCCCACGGUUCGGCGAGAAGUACAACGUGCGGCCGCACUGGAACAAGAUGCAGUUCCACAACGAGACCUACACCGCCACCAUCUUCCCUAAGAUGAACGAGUGGCUCGACCUACAGGAGGAGAUGGAUCCCCAGUGCCAAUUCAUCAACGAGUUCUUGAUCCAUGCGCUGGGGAUUGAUCGCUGCCAGAGUGCGCUGACCUAG